UUCUGAAUCCAUCUUUGCACUGGAUCGCUGUUAUUUAGUCGGUCGGAAUGUGAUUCUUUUACGGCUGAUUCACGCAUCACCGACGCGCUUUAGAGUUCAUAAGCACCGACGUGGGGAUUUGAGCGGAUUUCAGAAGCACAAAAUGUGCGAAAAGGGCGACAGUCACGUUGGAGAAGACGAAGUGAUUCACACGGAGCAGACGAGAAGCUCCGAUCUGAACUCUGAUCACACUGAAAUCACCGAAUGCAAAGACACCGGCACAGUUCCCACUCGUUUAUACCGGAGGAGAUGGCUCAUAGUGUUCCUCUUCAGCUCGUACUCGCUGUGCAACGCCUUCCAGUGGAUCCAGUAUGGAAUCAUCAACAACAUCUUCAUGAAGUUUUACAACGUGACUUCCUUCGCCAUCGACUGGCUCUCAAUGAUCUAUAUGUUGACUUACAUCCCCUUCAUCUUUCCAGUGACAUGGCUGUUGGAUCGGAAGGGGCUGCGGGUGAUCGCGCUGGUUGCCACAUCCAUCAACUGCGUCGGGACGUGGAUCAAAGUGGCCAGCGUUCAGCCCAGCCUGUUCUGGGUCACGAUGCUCGGACAGUUCGUCUGUUCAUUCGCGCAGGUGUUCAUCCUGGGAAUGCCGUCUCAGAUCGCGUCCGUGUGGUUCGGUUCGGAUGAGGUGUCCACUGCUUGCGCCAUCGGCGUGUUUGGAAACCAGCUUGGCAUUGCUAUCGGCUUCUUAGUGCCACCCGUUCUCGUGCCCAAUGUUGAUGACAUCAAUGAACUGGCUCAACACAUCAGCAUCAUGUUCUACAUCACAGCUGGAGUGGCAACCGUUAUAUUUGUGCUGGUCGUGUUUGUGUUUCAGGAUAAACCAGAAAUCCCGCCGUCUGCGGCUCAAGCGGCACUUAGAAAUGCUCCUGCGGGUCAGUACUCAUACACCGCAUCUAUAAGGAGACUGCUCCUCAACAAACACUUCAUCCUGCUCAUCAUCACCUACGGACUAAAUGUGGGCUGUUUCUAUGCCAUUUCCACCCUGUUGAAUAGAAUGAUCAUGGAGCAUUACCCCGGUGAAGAGGUGAAUGCUGGGAGGAUUGGUUUGAGUCUUGUUAUCGCUGGGAUGGUCGGCUCUCUCAUCUGUGGAAUCUGGCUGGACAAAACUAAGACUUACAAAAAGACAACACUCUCAGUUUAUCUGCUGUCUUUUGUGGGGAUGGUCAUCUACACUUUCACCCUGGACCUAGGUCAUCUGUGGGUCGUGUUCCUCACGUCAGGAGCGCUGGGGUUCUUCAUGACGGGUUAUCUGCCACUGGGUUUUGAGUUUGCAGUGGAGCUCACUUAUCCAGAAUCAGAAGGCACUUCAUCAGGACUGCUCAAUUGCUCAGCACAGAUGUUUGGAAUUGCAUUCACCAUCAUUCAAGGCAAAAUCAUUGAUCACUUUAGCACAUUCGCUGGCAACAUCUUCCUCUGUGUUUUCCUCCUCAUCGGCUCAGUCAUGACAGCAUUUAUCAAAUCUGACCUGCGCCGACAGAAGGCCAACCAGCAGUCUCGCUCAGAGACCAAUGCUAAUUCAAGCAACUGGUCUUCAGUGCAGCAUUAUGGGGCUACAAUACCCUACAGCCCCUUCCAGGAGGAGUUUCCACAUUAACCCACCAGCAAUGCCCACCGCAACCUCGACGGUCCAGAAAUCAUCUGAACACCCCGAAGAUGCAAAACCGUCACCAGUGAAAGAGGUCAAGAUGUGAGGAUGGAAAACCAUCGUUACACUCUUCAAUAUGUGCAUUAACACACAGACUACCAUACAUUACACUCCAUAAAAGACAUUUACAAAUACGAGCUGCUUAAAGACUUUACAUUCCAAAUGUGGCUUUAUUGAAACAGAAAUGCAUUUGUAAUUGGAACAUAAGUGAAGUAAUUUGAUCAUGCAUUUCUUUACACAACUAAUAACCAUAAAUUUCAGCUCAAUUGAUAAGAAUGCUGGAAAUCAAUAUUAACAGCCUAAGCACAAGUGAAGGAACUUUUUGUUAAAUCUUGACAAGCUAUCUACUGCUAUUGUCCUACAAUAUUCUUUCAAAUGUAUUGAUAUACUAAAAUAAGUUAUGUCGAAACACACUGUGUUUUUUAUAAGAACUGUUGAGAUUCGUUCUGUAAACAACAUUUGCAUUGCUUUUAUUAACAGUGGACAUCUGUCAGUUCAUGUACUGAUGAAGAGCUCUGCAGUUAUUACUGAGGUGGAAGCAUCUGUUUUCUAGAUGUAAAUACUACUGAUUCAUUUAAAGCUAUUUUAUUAUCUUUUAAAUGUAUUGCAUUAUUUUAUUUAUUUUAUUACUUUUGAUGGGAUGGGGCUAGAUUUUCAACCACUUGCCCACCCUAGAGAGCCCCCCCAGUAGCUGCUUGAACCACCCACUCUUAUUUAACCCAGAAAGUUAGCAAUAAUGCCACCUUUUUACUGCAUCUGACAAACGACAGACGAUACACCGAAAGUCAGUCGUUUCCAUUGGAGUCGCACGGGGGAUGUGUGGAGAUCCGACCAUCUGCGGAUGCAACAUUUUCGGAUCCAAUAGAGCUGAUCAGCCGUGACGUCAAUUUGUAGGCAAAUCCGGAAGGCUAAUUUGCCAUGGGUUCCCUUAGGGUUUUUAUAGUGGGGUGUUUUAGUUUCUGAGUAAAAGAAAAUCUGUGGUAAAAAUUACUUGAAGAUACUUUGACGUUUUGUUCUACAAAACAAAUUACACAGUCAUACCUCAAACGUGAAUUUUGAAGCCGUCAUGUUUUUGCCAAAUGUUCGUUGCUAACAAGUGGCUAAAUAAGGACUACAACUACCACAAGCAUUGUGCAUGACUGACAAAAUGGAAAAAUGUUGUAGUCCUAAUCUAGCAACUUUUCAGCAAUACAGAACAAAACGUCCAAGUAUCUUCAGGUAAUGUUUACCACAGACCUUAUUUUAUUCAUAAAUCCAAAACUGUUAUUAUAAAAUCCCAUAGAAAAAUCCAGAUACCAUGGAUUCCAUGGCUCGAAAAUGCUAAUUCUCUUCUGUGUUUUUGGACUAUUAGAGCUUGUUGAAAUAUUUCUUGUGCGACUUGACUGGAUGUGGCCGUCAACAUUCAAAACUAUGAGCGUGAAGUGAGAAACGUCAACGUUUUUGUCUUAAACUUUAUUUUUGAAUGCCUGGUACUUUGGCAGAUUGGACGGAUUUGAACGUAGUUCGAAGUCCGAAAUGACCAUUUACACUGCAACUAUCACAAAAGGUAUUUGUAUAUGUGUGUGAAUACAUGUGUAGGACAACGUGUAUCAUUUAUUUCUGCAAAAACAUGCAAAAUCUUCAUAUUUUAAUCAUACAGUAUAUAUGUGUUUGUACUUCCUAUUUGCUAAAUUAUUAUUAUCAUAAUGACUAAUAUUAACAGUAAUAAAAAUACUGAGUUUAAUUAAUCAUGAAUUUGAUUGAAUUCAUCCAUCUGCUCAACGAAAUCAUACUCAGCAAUGUCAUGGUGCAAACCUCAGAAAAACAAACCCACAAAACCAAUAUUUUUAAAAAUUUUCUCCAGAGCUUUUUUCAAAGAUUUUCAUCUUUCUAUAUGUCUCAAGGGACUGGGUGCUCUGAUAUCAUGAUUCACGAGUGUCUUCUCCCAUGCAACAGAUACAAUCCUUUGAUCACGACUGUCACUAGGGGCGAAAUAAGACGGUCAUACAAAAAUGUCGUAGACAGUAAAAAGGUGGCUUAAGUUCCUAAUGAAUGUAUGCCAGACGAUCACAGAAGAUUCACGCACAAUGAGAAAUUCUGCAAGUUUCAGCAGUUCCUAAAGCUAAUUUUGACAAAAGCUUUCUACUUUCAAAGCAUAUUUACAAGGGUUUAUAUAUGUUUUUGUGUGUUAUGUAGUGAGAGGUUAUGAAUCAGACCGAUAGCAUCCUAUUCAAUGUCUGUACAGGUGACAGAUCAGACUGCACACUUUUGUGAAUUUGAUUCCUUAAGAUAAUUGAUUUUAUUAGUUUGUUAUGGCUUUAAAUAUCCAGAACUGUUGUGUUCUCUAAUCUGAUGCGUGUGACAUUUAUAAAUGAUCUUUAUUGUUAGAAAUUCUAUGUAUUACAUUGUGUAAUUCCUCUGUUUUGUUGUUGUUUGCAUCUUACAGUAUUUGUAAAGAAUCAUUUUAAAUAUACAGUAAUCUGUCAACUCUACAUAGUGUUGGAUCAUGAAUCACUUAUUCAAUAAUAAAGAGUGAUAACUAGUUUUUUCAAAGUGUUAUUUUUGUGAGCAUGUCUUGUAUUUCCCCUGAAACAUGUACUGUGUGUACUCUGCAUGUUAGCAGGUCAGGUGAGUGUUUAACAUGCAAAUGAGUCAUGUAAACAUCAUUAAUAACAUGCAUUCCAGGGAAAGCCCUAUUAGUAGCCUAACCAGUAAUAUAUGGGCAUUUCUUCAACUUCAGCACAGUUAGCACAUUGAAUUUAUAGAAAGUAGAGUGCAACA